AUGCAGGUUUUCGACGUAACAGAUUACGCGACUAGAUUCGCGGGGAAGAGUAGCGCUAUCAAACGGCCCAGGGAAAUCACAUACUUUUCAUACGACGACAAUCACACUCUAAGACACGAUGAAUCCUCGCUCCGAUAUUAUUACACUCCAGACUUGAAUGCCGAUUUAAGUCGGGGAUAUAGCACUUUUGUGAAGCAUGAUGAUUCGGUGGAUGAGCAUUUGGAUAGUCUGUUAGAUGCGCUGGUGGAACUAGAGAAGAAGGAAGGGAAACCUUCAACCGAAGGGGUCCAUUUUGUUACUUGGAGGGGGAUGAUGACCAAGAUCAUGACGGUACCGUUCUUGGAAGAUGGCUUUGAAAUGAACGCUGUCUUUCACGAAGGGACAAUUUUUAUCGAAGAGAAUAAUCUCUAUAAACAGUCCACGAGAGGAUUUCAGGAUGAACGGGGGGCUAGGAUGUCAUUCUGGGGAUACAAAUUCGAGACUCUGGCGACGCUAUCCAAACCAUGGGAUGAUGCUACAAGAGAAGAGAUAGAAGGUCGUCCGAAUGAAAUUGUCAACAAUAAGGCACAGUACUGUAGUAUUGUCCAAACGGGCUUCGGCGACAGCGGCAUAAUAAUCGCCGGGGAGGUGGAUGCGAUUUGGGACUGCCGUCCAAUGAACCCCGCCAACCCGAUCCACUACGUAGAGCUAAAGACCAGCCGCCAGGUCACCUCUGCGAACCAACAAAUCAACUUCGAAAAGAAACUCCAACGCUUCUGGGCCCAGUCUUUCCUUCUGGGAGUUCCCAAGAUCAUCAUAGGGUAUAGGGAUGACCAUGGGAUUUUAAAGAACGUGGAGAUCAAAGAAACACAGGGGAUUCCGACGGAGAUUAGGAAAUCGCAUGUUGCCCAAGGAUUAGGGCCGCCACCUUGGAACGGUAAUGUGGCUAUUAACUUCACUACUGCAUUUCUAGAGUGGUUGAAGGGUGUACUUGCAGGGAAGGAUGGGCUGUGGAGGAUCAGAUAUCAGCAAAGGGGUAGUCGGAUUGAAGUCUUUCAAGUCCAAGAAUCUGGGAAUGCUGGGGUGCUUACAGACCGUUUUUUGGCGUGGAGAAGAGAAUUACGAGAAAAGCCCCUAGUAGCGCAAUCCGGUAAACUCGAUUUAGAGACCGAGACCGAGACCGGCGAGGCCGGUAUAUGA